UCUCUGCCUCUGCUCCCCACAUCCCUCCCUGCCCGUCUCUACUUCCCUCUUGCUCCACUGCAUCCGGACGGGGAUGAGGAGACUGAACACCGAUUCAGCCUAAGGACUCCCAGACGUCGAUGACCUGUGGGCGAAAGCUGUGCCACUGAGAUUUCUGCACAUUGCUACACUAACAGCAUCAUGACCAGGAAGGUGUUCACCAACACGAGGGAGCGCUGGCGCCAACACAACGUCAACACAGCCUUUGCAGAGCUCCGCAAGCUUAUCCCCACCCAUCCUCCGGAGAAGAAGCUGAGCAAGAACGAAAUCCUGCGCCUGGCCAUGCGCUACAUCAACUUCCUGGUGCAGCUGCUGGAGAGCCAGAGCGGUCAGCCGGCCAGCCACUCCUCCACAGCUCUGCUCACCUUCCUGAGAGGGAACAUGGAGCGGCUACACUCGCCUCCCCAUCCCUGGACCACAACCAGCGACACAGAGGCUCCGUCGCCCGGAUCCAGCUGUGACAGCUCUGAGGCCUGGUAGAGCCUCAUCCUGAGACGAUGAGAAGAGCAUGGGAAGACUUUGUAUGCCCUUUUUAUGAGGGAAUAAGAACCGAUUAUGUUUUGGACCCCCAACAUGGCUGACAAGAAGGGUCCCUCCAGCAGAGUGGUAAUUUAUAAGAUAUGAUUUCCAGGUAAAAAAAAAAAAUAAUUUGUGUUCUGCAUGGAAGUGUACCACAUCCUCUUCAUGUCUCCAUGUUCACAUUCCUUGUUGCUGGAACUGAUUUCAGUUUGCAGGAGGCGGCAUCGAUGAGGAAAAUGGAAGAAUGGAGGAGUAUGGAUUUUCUAAUUCUGACUUAAAUACUGAACCGAUAAUGGCCCGACCAGUUCUCCACACUGCAAAUGUCUGAAAAUAGUCAAGAGCACUUUUCAUUUUUUAUAGUCAACAAGCUGUUUGUUUUUCCUCUAAAAACCACAGAAUCUGAUCUUUUUCUCAAUUACCAAGGUUAUGUAACUUCAGAGGAACCAGGUUUCCUGUUUUGGUUCCUCUUUUUCAAUGUUUGGCAGCCAAUUUCUAAUGUUUGGAUAAAACUGACAAUCUGCUUUCAGUAAUUACUCGCGAAUAUCUUCUUUGAAAGGAAUUUGCUUUUGUUUUAUUUUUUUGUAAAAUACGCAUGUGAUAUGGCCAAAGAUACUGAACUGAUUGUCAGCUGUGAUGAGUGUGUUAAUUAUCAAUCUUAUGUCUUUGCUAAUUUAUUUUGCAUUGUUUGUGAACACAUAGUAUCUUAUUUACUUUAACUAUUUAUUUAAUAAAGGAUUUGUUAAUUA